GGAACAUGGCGGCGGGCGCGCGGCGAGCCGGGCUGGGCGCCGCGGGGACAGCGCUGCUGGCCGCCGGGCUGGCGCUGGCGCUGAGCCCCUCCGAGGUGGGCAGCCCCGGCGAGCAGCGGGGCCACGUGCGGGUCCUGAGCGCCGCCAACUGGAGCCUGGUGCUGCAGGGCCAGUGGAUGGUGCAAUUUUAUGCCCCUUGGUGUCCAGCCUGCCAACAGAUUGAAGCAGCAUGGGAGAAUUUUGCAAAAGGAAGUGAACAUCUAGAUAUCACUAUAGGAAAAGUGGACGUCACUCAAGAACCAGGUUUGAGUGGCCGUUUUUUUGUCACCACACUUCCUACUAUUUACCAUGCGAAGGAUGGCGUAUUUCGCAGAUAUCGUGGCUCAAGGACGUCCGAAGACCUUCGAGGCUAUAUCCUAGAGAGAAAAUGGGAAGCUGUAGAGCCCGUAGCUGGAUGGAAAUCCCCAUCUUCUAUAAUGAUGCAUGGAAUGGCAGGUCUUUUUCAUUUCUCUGGAUGGAUCAGACAAAUUCACAGCUACUUCACAGGCACUCUUGGAAUUCAUGUCUGGGGUUCUUACGCAAUCUUCAUUUUAUCCACCCUGUUGAUUGGCCUGAUCCUGGGUUUGAUAUUGGUUUUGAUUGCAGACUGCCUUUGCCCUUCCAAGCGUAGGUACAGAGAAGAAACAUCCGUAGAGUUGAUUGAAAGGGAGAAUGCAGAGCUUACAGCAGUAGAAGAGGUGGAAGAAGCUGAAGAGUUUUCAGCAAAUGAGUUAGAAGAGGCUGCAGAGGAAAAGGAAGACAUUUCAGAUGGGGAAGAUGGAGCCAAAUCAAGUGAAGAGGCCAAUUCAAGUGAGGAUGGCUCAGAAGAGGACUCUGCCGUUGAUGAAGGAUCAGGGACAGAGGAGACAGAAGACAUCUGUGAACAACAGCCAAUUGAUUCGGAGACCCAAAGCUCAGUACGGCAACGUAAAAGCCAGGUGGCUGACAAUGGACUAUAGUUUCCUUGGUGUUUUCCAUAAACUGGACCAAAGAAAUAUCUGGGGCCCUUCUGGUCUGCAGCUGAAGCCAAACACUUGAUUUGUAAUUUGUGUUUACCUAAAACAAAACCUCUGCUCUGCAUCAGUUGGCUUCUUUCUUCUUUCUUUUUUCUAAGCCAAUGUUUGCUCAUAGACUUUCAUUUUUAUAAGCACGCCUUUAUAUAUUAUGUUAGCCAUGACAAUCAAAAUCAUAAGUAUGAUUUGAUCUGCUUAGAGACUUAAGGAGUGGGGGACAUGACCACGGGGAUGAAAGACUUGGUAAUGAGAUGCUUGUUGUUCAUGCUUGUGCUCCUUUAUAGACACUGCUCUAAGCAAGAUGAGGCAAGAGAAUUUGAAUUCACAAACCUCAAGAAGUAACUUAGCAGGAGUCUUGAUUUCCUUUUCUUUCUGUCUGAAUAUGUUCCUUAAAUGCCAUAAGACCAUCAGGCACAUCAUAAAACAGCAGACAGAGGCAUCUUAAUUGUCUUCCAUUAAAACAACUUUGUGUUUGGUGAUUUUGCGUUCAUCAACUCAACUGAAGCACCUUCAUUAUGUUGCUUUUUUUCUCGUUUUUUUUUUUCUGCUGAAUAGUUAUUUUGAAACUAUACCAUAAUAUUAUAACAGUGACUAGUUUUAUUCUAUGCUUGAAGAGCAUCCAAAGCUUCUCAACUGUCGAUUAUUCAAAGGUAUAGUGCACAAGUCAGGCUUAUAUCAGCUGGUGAUUUUAAUCAUUUAAGGGGUUUAGAUCAUCAAAAACCUUUGGCUAUGGAACAUAAACAACUAGAUGCUUAAAAUGACAUUUUUGAACCUUGGUGGUUGAAAGGGAAAUGAUUUAGUGAGAGCAAGGAAUUUUUGCCAAAGUGUAGCCUUUUUCCUUUAAGAUGUUGCAGUGAGAAGUAAUUGUGUCUAAGACAGUAAAUGCCAUAUUUCUCACCAGUACAAGCUAGUCAUAUACAAAGAACUUCAGUAUUAUUUUUUUGCUGUUUCCAGCCCAGAGUAGUUGGCAGUCAGAACUGCUUUAGUAAUAUUAACUGAAAAAUCACUUCUAGUUUCACCUCUAGUGUGCUGGCUUUAAUGACAGAAGUAGUGGGAAAAACACAUCAGGAAAUGAAAGAAAUAGUUUUUGGUUACACGGCUAUCUUUUGUCUACAUAGACAUGCAUCUGUCAAAUUGCACAAAGUGGAAAUGGCUCAUUAGCUAAUCUGCUGACAACAUCUCCUGCUGUCGAGUUUAUUCAAGAAAUCCGCAUUUUAUUCAUUUUAAUUGGCAUGAUUUAUAUUAAGAAUUUUUUUAAAUAACCACAUCCCAUUAAGUGAAUGAAUAUCUGAAGGAUAAUCCUGUACAUUCCCACUUUGGCAGCAUGCUGAUCCAGAUUGCACGAUAAGAAGCAGAAAGGUUGUUUCCAUCUUUCGUACUGCAUAUUUAAUUACCAUAUUGCAUAAACCCGGCCAUCUAGCAUUAGUCUCUUCAUUUCCUUUUGUGAGAAAAAGGAGUAUUCUGUGAGAUUAAUAUGGUUGCCUCCUGGUGUUAGAAAAGGGAUAUUACCAGUGCAUAAAGGUGAUUUCUUGGAGACAGUCAGUCUUGACAGGGCCAGUUUAUAUCUGUCUUGGGAGUUGCUUUACUGUUAAUGCGAAGAUUUUAUUUAGCAGAAAGCAAUCUAACUUUCUGUGUCUCGCUGUUUUUUAAGUGUUUCCAAAUGUACAACAUUUGUUAAUCUAGUAUAAAUCCUACUGUCAUAGGGCCUGAUUCUGGUCUGUUGUACAAGUGUAAAGCAGGUGUAACUUCACUGAACUCUUGAGCAUAAAGGAGAUCAGAAUUGGGGCAGUACUUCGUUCUGCAUAUACUCAGAUAUUUAGACUGUUCAUACGGCCAUGAAGAUUAGACUCUUUUCUCCAGCACUCAGGAUUAUAGAUAGAUGCAGCGAAAGUUCUUAGAUAUGAUGGAAAUUAAAUUGUUGCAAUGCACUAAAAUGAGAACGGAUGGCUUGGCUUGCCUGGACACAGUCCCCUAAACUUUCAGAAGUGGGGCUAAGCUGUGCAACCGAGGUCCAUUGUCUUUAAAGCGAUACAGUCAAUGUAAAAAAUUACUUUUUGCCUACAUCGGUUGCAAGAUUACUGUAAAUGGAAAAGAUUGGGGGGAGAAAAACCAUGGUCGUGCAUUUAACAGAACUGUAUACUCUAUUUCACUAUUUCCUCUAUGUAGUCAGUUUUCCUUGUGUGUGUCGGUAAUUCAGACAGCGAGAUGGGAAAAUAUUUUAAGAAUAGGAAAAUAUUAAAAUCACCAAAACUGGCUAGGACAAGCAGACCAAGUGUCAUAUCUUCAGUGACCUGACUAGGAUUCAAGUUGAUGACAUCUUCAGUGAGUCAUGGAUUUAAAACUCUGCUUGACCCUGAAAAUAUAGGGGAUUGUGUCCAUCAGGAAUUCAUUGAAAACAUUGACUUGUGUUGUAUAAAAAGAAAAGGGCAUUUCCUACAGAGUAGAGUCCUGAGUUGUUCCCAAAAAAGAUUUGGAGGGAGAGAAAUGUCCAUAUUAAAAAUGUCAAAAAGUGAUGGCAAAGAUUUUAAAAAAAUAAGAGCUUAAAGUUGGCCUCAUAAAGUCUUCUUGAGGCAUCUAAAUUAGAGGUCUAAUUUUCAAAAGUACAGAGCAUCUAGCACCUCCUAGUGACUUCAGUGCAGGAUGCUAGGUGUAUAGCCUUUAAAAAAUCUUCCUCUAGCUUAGCUGCCUAAGAAUUAAGUGAGGAGUAACUUUAUAGGCACCUGUUUUUGAAAAGCUUGACAUCCCGGUGUUGAAAAAUCUGUUAAUCUUGUGAAGAGUUACACCUCUGUUUGCGUUAACUAAGAGAUCUUAACAAAUUAUAUAACAAGCUUAUUGCCAUACAAGACGCAGGGAUUACAAGAUGUCCUGAGAAACAGCAAAACGUUAAUUACAUAAGCUAAUUUCUGGAGUCCCUUCUGUUCAAGUAACUCCCGUUGAAGUCAAGGAGAGUAUCACAUGUUGUUUCAGGUUUGGGCUGUAGAAAGCAUUCAGUGAAAACCGAAGUCUAAAGAAGACAUGAAAUCUCAUGAGGGUAGGUCUACACUUACCUCCGGGUCCGGCGGUAAGCAAUCGAUCUUCUGGGAUCGAUUUAUCGCAUCUUGUCUAGACGCGAUAAAUCGAUCCCGGAUCGAUCCCGGAAGUGCUCGCCGUCUACGCUGGUACUCCAGCUCGGCGAGAGGAGUACGUGGCAUCGACGGGGGAGCCUGCCUGCCGCGUCUGGACCCGCGGUAAGUUUGAACUAAGGUACUUCGAAUUCAGCUACUUUAUUAAUGUAGCUGAAUUUGCGUACCUUAGUUCGAAGUGCGGGUUAGUGUGGACUAGGCCUCAGUUCUGUUGUAGAUGAAGGGACAUAAAGCAAGUGAGACUCGUGCCUGAACAGCAGAUCUUUAGGCACGUAGCAAAUGGCAGCUGUUAAUCUCCCCCCUAGUUACGUUUUGUGUGAAUCUGACAUUCUGUUUGAGUGAUGAUACAUUCAUUUUAAGGUGUUUCAAACAUCAGGCCCCAUAAAUGGUGGCCCCUUUAUUUCCACACUCCCACUAAUAAGGAAGAUUAGUGCUAACUUGGGUUUGACAGUUGAUCUCUUGUAUUGCAAAUGGAGUUGAAGUACAGUGGGUCUGAAUAUUGUAUUUAUAGAACACUUCAAUUCUCAAAGUGCUGUACAGACAUUAAUAACACCUCCUCAGCUUUAAGAAUGUCAUUUUUCUUUGUCAAAUAGACUUGCAACAAAACAGUAGUGACUCGGCUCAUGGAGGAAAUGUACUGUUUGGCUUAAGUAACAGGUGGUAUUAAAGGGCAUUAUAAAGGGCAGAUUUCUCCUUAAUGAUUAAUGUGGUAACCGUGCAAUAAUAGCAGUGUCAGUCCUGAAUAAUAUAUGGAGGGCUUGUACCUUUUCACUGAAAAAUGUCUUCUUAACCUUAAGUCAUGUUGGUAUAGUACUGAAAUGUUUACGUCAGUAUUAGACUUGCAAUUUUAGCAUCGUCUGUGUUUCUGGGUUAUUUAAAGGAUUAAUACCUCUCAUUUGUGCCAACUGAGAAGACCGUUUGUCCUCUCAUCACCUCCGUCCUCUGUUCUGAAUCAUGUCACAGAAGUAGAAUUUGUCCUUGCAUUUGGAAUAUAAACAAAAUGUCUUUGAAAAUAAGCUGUUGUUCACACAGUUGGCUGAAGUGGUUUGAGUAAAUGUAGCACCGUUAACGCUGGUAAGAUCUGCCGAUAGGGAAGGCAGACUUUCAAAGGGUGACUAGUGAUUUUGGAUUCCCAGUUAUGAGACUUACUUUUCAGAGACUGGUGCCCAGCAUGUUCUGGAAAUCGGACCCCCUGAAAGUGUCACAACAUGAACAUCCAAAAAGUGAGGCAUCCGCAAACCAACAAGUCAGUCUUGAAAUGUUAAGGCUACAUUUCUAAAGAGGGAACAAAUGAAGCUUUGCCUUUUCUACUUAUGCUUCCGAUAACAUUUCAAGUGAAAUACUAACCUGUGUAAAUCUUCGACUAUAAUUACUCUGUUGGACAACAUUUUUUGUUACAUGGCUUUUUCAUGGAAAUGUUAUGCAAAAUUUCUUUUUAUACUAAAAAUUCUGCGAAUUUAAGCCAUGGGUAUUUGUACUGGAAUUCCAUAUAAAUUUUUUUAUUUAUGA